CCUCCCUCCUCUAGCCAGAGGGCGGACGCUGGUGUCGCUUUACGGCCGUUCCGAUCAGAACCGGAAGUUUUGCAGCAGCAACCGGGAGAGAAACAAAAACAGAGGCAGGCGAUCGAUCUGUAUGGUCCAUAAUACACAGUGGCCGGACCUAUGCCCUGCUAGGUGAGAUAAUUCAUUAUAAUGCCACUGAGAUCUUCACAGCAGGUCCAUAUACAUGGUAUAUAAUAUUGAAUAAGCUAUAUUUAAUGAACCUUUCCUGUCCAUUGCUUGUGUGCACACUAAUAGAUUAUACUUUAUAUUUUAUUAGUGUUUGGAACAGUUAUGUUAUGAUCUGCUUAGUAUCCUCCACAAUUUUCUUUUUUUUUUUAUAUAUAGUUUAAGCUGGUAUAUUGACAUACACAUAUACACCAGUAUAAAUAAAGUAAUGACAGAUUGUAUUUACAGAGAUAUAUCAUGGAGAUUAUAUUAAAUUGUAACCUCUAUGCAAUCUAGUGACAUAUAGCUCUCAUCAAUAUAUACAUCUGGGAGAGACUUAUGCAAUAUAUUUAGAACACUGAGAUAGAUAUGUAUCCGCACCGUGAAGAUGUAUAUUUAAGUGAUGUCAUAGCUUUUUGAUGUUCGUUAUUGUAAUUCUUUAAUCUGGUGUUAAAUUAGAAUAAUAAGUAAAGCUGUAAAAAUACCUACACACUCUAUGGUAGUGUUGUGUACAUGGUUCUGUAUACCCAGGGAUAUUUACUAAAUGUGUAAAUUGCCAGGAAUUCAGUUUUUUGGGGGGCUAAAAUAAUCAAACUGAAAACAUUGGUAAACAUUUCCAGGUUGAUUAUUGCCACUUAAAAUGUGUAAAUCCAUACACUGGAUGUUAUGCUGUAGAAAAAGUUACAUGUGCAGUGGCAUAUAAACAUAACCAUUAGUACACUGGGGGUAUUUUAUCGAUCUUUGCAAUCUGUUUGUCUGUCAUUUUAGGGAAGGCAUUUUCUUUGGUCGUUUUAUUCUGGUUGCUGAGUUUGUGUUUUCCAUAGCAAUAAUAAAUGUUUGUAAAGCUACUGCAAAUAUGUCUAAUAUGUGUAUACGUAAUGCUAUAGCCUCGGUCUCUGUGGAAAACUUGAUUAACAGCUGUUACCUUUAAUGACAGUUUAAACUAACAUUGCCUUUUGAAUAACAUCCUGUUAUCAUAGUGCAUGCUGGGAAUGUAAUAAAGAUUUAAAAAAAUAUAUUUUUUGUGUGUGUAUAUAAUUUUGUAAUGCUUUGUAGAUUGUGCUAACAAAAUAGCUAGAAAAUAGCAACAGUCUACUUCACCAGAGGGAUUUAUUUAUAAGUCUUGUAUACUCCAUAUUAAUUCUAGCUCCCGUCAUCUCCAUCCAUACUGCUCUCAAGAUGAGCUUGUUGUACCUUAAAGGGUCAAUCUAAGCACCAUAACCAGUACAGUUCUUUGCAGUUGUUAUUGUGCUAGAAGUUCCCCGGCACCGUCCCCCUGUAAACUGUCAAACCUUUUAUGAAUGGUUUGAUACUUACUUGGCUCUGUUGGAUGUCCGCUGUCAUUAUGGUCUGCACUGACAUGCUAAGGUGAUAGUACAUACCAGGAUUAAACAUUUAUUCAUUGGGUGAGAGUUGUCAGCUGACACGCUCAACCAGUAGUAAGUGAGGUAUAAAAUACACAAAAAUACAAUGUAAAUAUAAUACAUGAUACAUAAUGUGACUGCUGCAUAGGAGAAAAAAAAUAAAACAUUAUUGUAAUACAGAAAAAUCCAAUUCCACCAGUUGCAAAGAACCCAAUUUUAAAAUCCAAUUGGCCUUCUUGCAGCAUCCCACUUUGGUGGAACCCACACUACAUGAGACAUAAUCGUCCAAACUCUGUCUUUUAUCUUUUGGCUGCGUUGGAAUUUUGAUGAAAUUCCAACACAAUCUUUAUGAGAAUUUCUUAAAAGUUUUAUCUUUAUGAAUUGCUCAAAAAUGUUUGUGACAGCGCAUUAUUGACAAACUUUUUGUAUGCCUACUUGUCGGGAAUUGCCUCCCAUAAUUGUAUAAUGGCUUGGGCAAAAACACUGACCGCUUUAUCAUAAUAAUAAAAAGUGGGAAUUAUGCGGAUAUCUAACUUUCAGUUAGCAAUUAGAAGGUGUCUUUCCCUUGGAAGUGACAAUCCAUUAUUAAUUGGUUAGCGAAGUUCAUAUGCUUUCCAAAAAUAAAUGCAUUUUUUUUGCAAGAUUUUAGAUGGGUAUGAAGUCUAUUGGAAAUUCAUUUUAAAAAUAUCAAAUUUUGGCAAAUUAUAUGCAUGUUAAAAGAGCCAGUUUUUCUAGUAUGGGAAGCAGAGAACUGUAUUAAUUAUAACACCCACAUGCCUCCCCCUCCAGCAGAGAAGGAUUAAGAUUCACUGGUAUACCAGUUUGCACCCCCCAACCCCUCUUCAUUCUUCACAUUGGGAAGGUUAAAAGGACACAAUAGUCACCCAGACAACUUCAUCUCAUGGAAGUGGUCUGGGUGCAGUGUCCCUGCUCCCUUAACCCUGCAAUGUAAAACAUUGCCGUUUUUGAAAAAAACUACAAUGUUUACAUUGCAGGGUUUUUCUCUUCUUGUGGAUAUUUUACUGACAGCCACUAGAGGCGCUUCUGCAGCAGACCAAGUAAACUCUUAACUCUUUGAUGCAAUUUUAAUUUUGUUGACAAAGAAUUUGUCACAUUUUAGUCUACUAAAAUUUUGGAGAUUUAGUUGACUAAAACAAUUCAGAUGACUAAAAUAUGACUAAAACUAAAAUGGGAUUUUAGUCAAAAGACUUUAAUUAAAACAAAAUUUGCCGCCAAAAUUAACACUGCUGUGGAAGGGGCAAAAGAGACAGACCAGAGCUUGAGAGAGAGAGACACCUACAGGGGCUGGGAGGACACAAAUAGACACAGAGGGCUGGGGAAGGGGCAAAAUAGACAGAGGUUUUACCUAAAAUCAUUAGAUUUUAACCAUGUAUACUAAAAUCUCUAAUAGAUUAAGUUGACUAAAACCGUUCAGAUAACUAAAAUACAACUAAAACUAAAAAGGCUUUUUAGUCAUAAGACUAUGAUUAAAACUAAAUUGAAAUUUGCCGCCAUCAUUUACACUGCUCUGGGGAGCGUUCGGUUGGACCCUUGUCGGGGAGGAGAUGUCAGCAGUGCUAAGGGAGCCUUGUCGUUGGAAACGCAUAAAUACAUUUUUUAACAGAAAUAUAGCGUUGGAUAUACAGAUUUGUAUUUUUAAUGCUUUAGUGAUCCUUUAAUGGGGCCCAAAUAGUUUAUGGUUCCAGGGUCCCUGUCUAAUCCCUGGACUCUAGGGUCGCUUUAUGGUUAGUUCUGUUCUGCCCUCCUUUCUGUGUGGGGGUCUGUACAAAUACAAAAGGAUUUGUCAUUGUACAAUAGUACUGCACUAGCAUUAUCUGUAAAUAUUGGUGUAAAUAAGAGUUGUGCAACUUUGUUCCUUCCUGUAAGAGGAGUUGUAUAUUUGACUGAGUCAUGUAAUGAUGUGGACUUUAGGGCAUUUAGCCAUCUUCUGAGCUGUGGAAUAGAGAGAGAGAGAGACGUGGUUUUCUUCUGAUUUUAACAUAAUUCUUGAAACUCUAGUUUAGACACACCUCAGAAACCACUUGUUUGUUUGCAUCUUACUCCGUCUUACCAAACCGUGAUUUACAAUUUCUACCCAGAGCCAUAGAACCUCAAAAAUCAAGUGGCAGGAACAAUCUUCAGCCUUAAAGGGAUAUUCUCUCAUAUAUCUGGUAUUAAAAAUAAAAAAGCAUUAGAUACAAAAAAAAAAACCCAAAGUGAUAAAAUAGCAAAUAAACAUUGAAAACAUUUAGUCAGUUAAACACUAAAGUGUAAAUUGUUUAGAUUUUCAUUACAGCUUUUUUAUUUAUUUAUUUUUUUUUUUUAAAUUCGCACUUUUAUAAACAACCAUGACAGGUUGUAAAAGAUUGUUUUAAAAAAUCUCCCGUACCAACAGUUUUUUUUUUAAUUAUUUAUUUUUUUUAAUUUUUUUUUAAGGGGGGAUUAUAAUUUUACAGUUCUGUUGUAAAUUCACUGUAACUAUUCACUGUUUUUGUAAAAUGGUAUACUGUUUGUUUUUUAAAAAAAAAGGUGUCCUUUGUCACUUUUUCGGGCAUUACUUUCAUGCAUUUUCAGGCAAAUUUGCCGACACUAUACAAUCCAGAUUUGAACCUUGCCUUCCACAGGUUAUUGUCUGGAAAUAUGGUGUGGAAAAGUUAAAGAAGUAUAGGAAAAAUCAGUCAGGUCACGGUCUCCGUACUGGCAUAGCAGAUGGACCCUAUGGGGAAGGUAACCAUUUGGAUUUUAAUCUGGCUAUAAAUAUCUGUAUAAAAGGGCACAAUAACCAGAGAAUUACCCUUAUCACGGUAGGUUAGGAUUUAUAUAACGUUCACAUAGUACAAAUGUUAGGACAGGCAGAGGAGGAAGUAUAGCUGCUGACUCUGACAUGAGACUCUGAAGGGGCGGGCUUGCACCAGCUCCAAUUUAGAAAAUUUGUUGCAGUUCAAAGCACAAUUGUGAAGGGGAAAGAACAUAUAACAAUGGAUUGUUUCCAUGCAAGUAAGACUAGUUGUUUCAGGAGACUGAAAUGGCUAACUGGAUUAUUUUCCACCACAGUCACCUAGAAUAAUGAAUUCCAUGGUCAUUUCUUGUAAUUGUUUUUUGUUUGUUAUUUCUCAAUCUUUGGAUAGCAGCAUCUAAGAAUUGUUAACUGUUAAAAACUAUGAGUUCGAAAACAGGAACUGAAAAAUAUGGACCUAGAAGAUAGAUCCCGGCGCCAAAACCUACGGGUAAGAGGGGUCCCUGAGGAUAUUCAAGCUGCAGACCUAAUGGAAUAUCUCACGUGCCUGUUUCAAUCCCUGGCCCCAGACAUACCAGCUAAUAUGUUUCUAAUGGACAGAGCACACAGAGUAGCGAAGCCUCAACACUUACCUGCAUCCACUACAAGAGAUCUACUAACUAAGCUACAUUACUAUCACCUUAAAGAGGCCCUCCUCCACUCCAAAUGGCCGCAACAUAAUUUACCGGAGCAAUACAGACACAUCCAAGUGUAUGCAGACCUCUCCGCAGAGACACUUCGGCGCAGAAGAAAUUUCCGAGACAUAACCUCAGAGCUACGAAACAGAAAAAUUCCAUACUGCUGGGGCUUUCCGAUUAAGUUGCUGAUUUCAAAAGACGGUAAAACACAUGUGGCCGCGGAAGCGGGCACCUACCUGCUACGCAGCUGGGGCAUUGUCACAGCGACCUCGGAAGAAAGGCCCAAACGGCAGGCAGAGAUCCAGCCGGAAUGGCAGACUGUCAGACACCCCAAAUCCUCUAAGACAGCGGCGGUAAAAUAAAGGCGACAAGUAUCACCCUCUCGACACAUAUGGGUCCAAGCCCUGUUGAGGAACAAUAUGGACAUUAAAGCUACAAAGGUCCGAUUGAAAUGUGCGAUUCUGUGCACUACGGACUCCGGUCGGGAAUGGGUAAUGUGCAAGAAUACUACAUUGUGUUAUGUUGACCUACAAUAUAUAAGGGGAGCAGGCAAGAGAAGACAAAUGACAGAAGCAUGGGAAACUGGGGAGGGCACUCCGACUAAGGUGCGUUAACAAAAGAGACGGCGAGGAGGGACCCCUCUCGCGCCAACAUAAGGCCCAAGCCGAAAUUAAACCCAGAACCUACCCAACCGUCAGAAUACACAACACUCCUUAUCUCUCUCUCCCCUACCGGAUUCGCUUAAACCCGACGUGCUUGCGAUAUAGCCGCAGGAGACAAUAAAUAUACAGGGCCACUAGUAACACGCCAAACCGUGGGAAACCGAGUUUAAACGCCCACUGCCCAUAGUCAGUAGUGGUUUCCUCAGUCACACAUCUCCUUUCCUCAAUGGAGACAAAAUUCAGAGCCAGAGGCAUGGGGGUUACAGGUACCUGAGCGGCCUGCAAGCUGGACCUGGACCCUAACACCCCCUCGCAGGUUAUAGCUAGUGGGAGAAACUAGCAGGAUAAAUUUCACUAAUAGUUACCCCUAGGGUACAAAUGUACAAGUUGAGUUUAAAUUUCUGUUUGUGUAUAUAUGUUAAAUGUUUUUUUUUUUUUUCCUAUGGUCACAACUGUGGACACAAAUGUAACAGCCUAUACUUGUUUACUGAAGGGCAGAGAUGGAGGAACGCACCCAGAGUGGGACUCACACAGGCAAUAUGAAUCACACAAUCAGAAUAUGGUCACAUAAGAGCCAACUACGUCUCAGAGGACUAACUUUCAUGGAGGCACUCUUUCUAGCCAGUUGCUGGGCAUACACCAAACAAGCUUCUCACAAGACAUCCAUGAGACACAGGGUCAGAACAACGCGCUUCCCCACCACCCACAUUCAGUAUGAAAAUAUAUUCACAUAACACACAGGGCCUAAACAUUCCCUACAAACGACAUGCCCUAGACAGAGAACUCAAAAAGAUGCAGGCAGAUAUAGUAUACUUGCAGGAAACCCAUUUCAGGACAGACGCACAUCCACAACUGAGCUCACGCUUAUACCCCCACCAACUACACGCCCCUACAGCACAGAAAUCUAAAGGGGUCUCCAUACUCCUCAGCAAGGACCUCACGGUGACCACGCAUGGCCACAUACUAGACCCCGGGGGACGAUACAUCAUUUGGCAAUGCACCAUAAACGAUUCAGAUUACACGCUGGUAAAUGUAUAUUCCCCAAACACCAACCAGAGGAACUUCUUCCACGGGGUUCUCACCAAAACGGUAAAGCUGAGGAGAGGCACCCUCCUGGUGUGUGGAGACUUUAACCACAUAUUUGACCCAAUAUUGGACUCCACUAGACCUUUCCGCCUCUCCACAUUAUAGCUCUCUAAAAAAACAAAGCAAAGCCCUUAGGACACUAGUGUCAUCGUUCGGUCUCCGAGACGUGUGGAGAGCCCUCCACCCAGGGGAAAGAGCAUACACACACCACUCGAAAGUCCACAACACGUACUCUAGAAUUGACGGGUGUCUCAUGCACGAAUCCACCAUGACCAGAAUACUAGACUGCAAUAUCACAACAAUAAACUGGUCGGACCAUGCACCAGUAACACUGACUAUCACAAACACAUAUGAAUACAAACACAGAAACCCGUGGCGCCUCAAUGAGAGCCUACUAAAAGACAUGCAAUUUUGCGCACACCUAGAGAAGGAGCUAAAACAUUACUUUAAUUCAAACAUCACAUCAGUCCAAAACCCCCACAUGCUUUGGCUGGCACACAAGGCGGUGGUGAGAGGCACACUGAUAAGUAGAGCUUCAUAGAUCAAGAAGCAAUCGGAAAAGGAACUGACACAAUGCAGACAGCAGCUAGAGACACUGCGCAGAGAUAACCAAACAACCCUCAACAGAAUGUAAAAAGCAAAUAACGGUCCUACAAAAUAAACUAAACGAGAUGCGACUACAUAAGUUUGGACUCAUGCUAAAAAGACUGAAAACACACUCAUAUGUACAGGGUAACAAGGCUAGCAAGCUUCUAGCCCAAAGACUAUUGGACAGACGACAACAAACACGCAAAGCUCACAUAGUAAAUAAAGAAGGACAAAAAAUAUCCCUACCCGCAGAGAUUUGCAAGGAGUUCGCACAAUACUACGGUCAAUUCUAUAACCUUAAAGAUGACCCAAAUUCCCCAAAACCCUCAGCUGCCGGCAUAAAGACCUAUCUAAUGGAGAUCCCCCUGCCUACCCUGACCUUCCUGGCAGCUAGGGUGAUAACCCUCCCAAAACCCGGCAAACCACCAACGCAAUGCCAGAACUUUCGCCCAAUAUCACUACUGAACUCAGACACCAAACUGUAUGCUAAAAUCCUAGCCACCCGUCUUAAGACCAUCCUCCUAACCAUCAUUUCAGGUGACCAGGUGGGCUUUGUACAUGGGAGACAGGGGUUGGGCAACACACGGAAUGUAGUAGACCUUUUACAAACAAUACACAUGGACCAGACACAGGGACUUAUAAUCUCCUUUGACGCGGAGAAAGCAUUUUACAGACUGAAUUGGCUUUUCCUAGAUGCUGUCCUCGCGAAAUUUGACUUCCCACAUGAGUAUCAGACUGCUGUAGAGGCCCUGUACAGCCUUCCGAAUGCCUCAUUAUCAACAUCAGGGUUCCAAUCCAUCCCAUUCACCAUUUCCAAUGUACAAAGCAACAGAUAACAAAUGCUGGAGCUGUCGGAGGACACAUGGGGACACACUCCAUAUAUGGUGGAUGUGCCCACUGAUACGGUCAUUCUGGGUGAGGGUAGAUGACAUCACUAACAGUACAGGAAGAUGAGCGCCACAAAGCUUAGAAGCAUACCUACCGAAGCCUAUCCGCAAACACGUUUCUCAUAAUAAUAGCAGCGGCGACACUGAUUGCUAGAAACUGGAUGUCAGGAACAAUCCCGUCAGUAGAGGAGUUGACAAACCUAAUCUCCACCAAUGUGGACUAUGAAAAAUUCGCAGUAACUCACUUACGUACAGGGUAUACAAACGUACGGAUGUAUAACAUGUGGAAAACAUAUAGAGACGGCACCCCAGACACCGUGGGGGUUAAAACCCACGGCCCCGCCUAAACCAUGCUUAGAAAGAGCGAGGAGACGGACAUAGACAUGAGGUUUGGCCAUGAGUACCGGGAAAUAAAGAUCCAGAUGUCAUGGGAACACAUAAGUGUCUGGAAAGAAGUUCAUUAGCAGACAUGUGCAGGUCUCCCAGUCAGUGAGCAACAUCAUGUAGGCAUACAAGGUACACAGAACAGACCAUAUGUUGUAAAUAGGUUUCUUCAUAUGUACAUAUGUUAUAUAAACGUUGAUACAGAACCCAACAUGUGCACUACACUUGCCAACCACAGACGCACGAGGAAUUUGUUGUGGUGAGUAGAAUCAUUACCUUACAGCAAAAAGCCUGAAACACUGUCUUUUCGGAGGAAAUGCAGUGUUUACAUUACAGCCUAGUGAUAACUUCACUGGCCACUCCUCAGAUGGCUGUUAGAGAUCUUUCCUGGGUCGUGACUGCCUAAAAUGCAUCCAAACAUUCAGUAUCUCCUCCUUCUGCAUGCAGACACUGAACUUUCCUCAUAGAGAUUUAUUGAUUCAAUUCAUCUUUAUGAGGAGAUGCUGAUUGGCCAGGGCUGUGUUUGAAUCAUGCUGGCUCUGCCCCUGUUAAGCCUCCUUGUCAGUCUCAACCAAUCCUAUGGAGAAGCAUUGUGAUUGGAUCAGGCUACCACUUCUGAUGUCAGCAGACUGCUUGUUUUUUUGAGUGAAACCGCAUGCAUAUUUACAGCUUCAGACUUGAAUACAGUAAGAUUCUUACUAUAUUUAUGGAGGCAUGGGGGGGCUAGAUGGUGUUUUUAACACUAUAGGGUCAGGAAUACAUGUUUGUGUUCCUGACCCUAUAGUGAUCCUUUAAUACAAACUUAUUUUACAUGUGACAAGAAACACUCCAGACCUUUAAAGCACUUUAGCUUGCUGAAAUGCUUUAAAAAAAAUGUUUUUGAUCACUUAUUGAUUUUUCAUUAAUAGAAUCACAAUAAUAAAAUAACGUUAGUAUGGGCGGAGUCGAGCUACUGAACUGAGCGGUCGCAUGUCUGUGGUGCUCCGUGACUCAAGGGCUAUUUUUACACUAUUACCAACCCCUACCCCAGACUAAUCAACCCCAACUGGAUCCUCAGACAGUCCACAUUCAUAUGGGCCGAAAAACGAAAAAACAGAAGGCAGACAAGCCGAGAUUGGGAAUGGGCAUCGGCGAUUUGUAGCUCUUGAUACUUAAUUCAGUUGACCGUUAAGGAGACCUGACUCAGAAGCACAACUUGAGAUGAAAAUCAUGGUACCCAAGUCUGCAAAGAAUUGCCUCUACCGAGGGAGCUAACAGUGCACUUUGUGCUGGAGUUAUCUGUUUUCCAUGGAAUGAUGUUGAGUUUGAAUGCCCAAGGUUUUAGUUCUGGGGUUUGCACAUGUUUCCUUUGAUCCCAACUCUAGGUUUUGUGAAUUAACCACUUUUUUAGAUUUUAUCUGUAGCUUUGACUGAUUUUAUUCAUUUAUUUUAUUAGCUUAACCCACCUGGAUAGCAUUUCUUCUUUUUCUCGCACAAUGUGCCAGACCUCAAGAAAGUCCUGGAGUACAAUGGUAGUAGUCCUUAUUUGUUGACCUGCCUGAUUUACAGGGUGGAUACAAAUGGAUGAUGGUUAAAGGACCACUAUAGUGCCAGGAAAACAAACCCUGAGGAUCCCACUCCCGCCGAGCUCUAGAGGUAGGAAGGGGUUAAAAUUUUACCUUUCUUCAGCGCUGGGGACUCUCCUCCCUCUUCUGACGUCACCGGCUGAAUGCGCAUGCGCGGCAAGAGCUGCGCGCGCAUUCAGUCAGUCCAUAGGAAAGCAUUCUCAGUGCUUUCCUUUGGACACUGGCGUCUUCUCACUGUGAAAAUUGCAGUGAGAAGCGCGGAAGCGCCUCUAGCGGCUGUCAAUGAGACAGCCACUAGAGGCUGGAUUAACCCAUAUGUAAACAUAGCAGUUUCUCUGAAACUGCUAUGUUUACAGCAGGCAGGGUUAACCCUAGAUGGACCUGGCACCCAGACCACUUCAUUGAGCUGAAGUGGACUGGGUGCCUAUAGUGGUCCUUUAACACACACACUGCCUAAUACCUACAUCCAUACACACAUACUGCUUAAUACCUACAUCCAUACACACAUACUGGACCAAACCUACCUUUCUCCAGUUGUUGCCUCUUCUGUUCUUCUUUUCAUUCUUUUUUUUUUAUUCUUGUAAAAUACAUAAGAUAAUGUAGGGAUUUGAUUGUCUUAUGUAUUUUUCCUAUGCGUGACAAAAGGUGGAGCUUAAAGGGAGCUUUGUUUUCCUGGCACUAUAGGUUUAAUAGGUCCCCCUCUUCCGUGGGGCUGAGGGUGUUAAAACCCCUUCAGCCACUUACCUGAAUCCAGCGCCGAUGUCCCUCGCACGCACAUUAGAUCUCCCUAUGGGGAAAAUCUGACGCUGGAAGUUCUCAUGCAAAGCGUGUGGAUGUCCAGCGUCAGAUAAUGGACCAAAGGUCCGUUUCGAUUCCAGAUCCAGAAGCACCCCCAGUGGCUGUCUGGUAGACUUAGGGCAGACUUAGAGCUGCAAUGUAAACAUUGCAGUUCUCUGAAACUGCAAUGUUUUACAUUGCAGCACUAAGUGCAAAAGGGACACAGCACCCAGACCACCUCAAUGAGCUGAAGUAGUCUGGGUGCCUACAGUGUCCCUUUUAAUAUAGGCUCCACUUGAUUUUUAAAGUCCUAUUUUUCCACAGUACUCAACUGCCCGUGACGUUAAUCCUCUCUAAUCUCGCGAUCCUGACUCUGUCCUCCGAACGUUGCAAGUAAGUUAAGAAACACUAUGCACGCAUGUGUAAGACUUUGAGAGAGGCACAUGAAGGCAGCCAGGAUACUUCACUGCUCGGAUCCCCUAACAGGGCAAUUUGAACGAGAUUUGGCACCUCAAACUAUAUUGAAUAACUAGGUAAAACCUGGUAAAAUGCAAAAAAAUAAAUAUACAUGGUACGGACAAUAAGGAAUCAAAGAGCUGACCGGGGCAGGGAGAUAUAAAAAAUUUUUUGCCCUGUGACAGAGCAUCUUUAAAUCUGAUCUAUUAAUAAACUGAUUUUCUUUUGAAAAAUAUUUUUGGAGUAAAAAUCUUACGAUUCUUAUUAAGAUAGGUACAUUAUAGUCCAAAGGUUAUUCAGCAUGAAAUCUAAAUUAGUUAUUUAGCAUGAGGCUUUGUAUUCAUGCAAUAUUUCUAUUUUUAGUAAAUUAAUUCCAUUAAUCUAACUUGUGUCUGCAGAGAUAACCGCAAAAUGUUUUAUAUAAUAAAUGUAGAAAGUUCAAAAAAGAUCUUAAUCCCAUUGUUAUUCUGCAAAUCACAUGAGUGAUUAACCUAUAAAACUGGACAUAGUUCACCUUGUAAUAAUUUGAUCAUUAUUAGCUUUGCAUUUCUAAUGGUAUAUAACAAAAUUAGUUCUGAUAGAACUGUUUUAAAAAUUCUGAUUAAUAAAGAGUCUUACUUAUUGUCUAUCGAUUUCUAAAGGACAUUAGAGGGAGUCCUUGUCCGGGACUGCUGCCUUCCCGAUUAGCGCUGACUCUACUCCUUGUUUUGUUAUUGGUGAUUUCAGUAGGGAUUAAAUCGACUUGAUUUUAAUCAAAUCCACUCUGCUUCUUGACCCAACAAAAUAGGACUCUUGAUGCAGAAGGUUGGAACGUCAAACUGUAUUUAGGAUACAUAUAAUUAUUCUGAUCAUAAAGUGUUCGUCCCAUGCAGGCUCUCUAAUCAUUCUGUGUUCUAUGUUAUGUCUGUCAUAGGUUCCAUUGUGGUGACAUUCUGGACCUCAGCUGACCCCUGGAGCCUCCCUGCCUUGAGCCAAUGCUGGAUCUGGAGGUUGUACCAGAAAGAUCUCUCGGCAAUCAGCAAUGGGAAUUUACAUUAGGUGAGAAGCCUGGUGUAUGUGGAAUAUAGAAAAUAAGUGUUUUCUGGUCCGACUGGUUUGAGGUUUUUUAGAUCUGCUUCUAUAUGUGACCUUACAUGUCCUUGUUUCCAUGGUGUUACGUUUGUCGAUGAAUGGUUUGAAAUUUGUCUCUUUUACUGUUCUGCUUCUUCAGGCGAGUUUUCCUUGAGCAGUAAUGCUUACUUCCAAAGAUGUUAAAGGAACACUCCACGCACCAAAUCAACUUCAUCUAAAUUAAGUUAUGUCAGGAGGUCCCCGGGUGCAUUCUUACCUAAAGUGGGUUAAAGUGUUCUCAAACAGGCUAAUCCCCCGGUCGACAUACGGUUUCUGAAUUUCAGUUUCAUGAAGUGCAGAUUGAUGCCGGGUGGGGGUGCGGGUAUGCAGAGAGCCACGGCUAACUGCUCUCAGCCAAGCAGCAACCCCUCUGCCUGGCGGCAUUCCUUUAAGGUAAGAGUGCACCCGAGGCCUUCUGGCAUCAUAACAACUUUGUAUAGAUGGAAAAAAAAAUAAUUCUUGAAAGUUUAGGGAGGGCUUAAAUCCGUGAUGGAGGGGUGGGAGAAAAUCGCUUCCACUUAUAGGCUCUGCCUUCAAGGGAGAAACUCAAUAUGCCCAUUGCCAGCGUGCAAUGCGCACUGAUAACCGCUGUAUUUUUUGCACAUAAUUGACAUGUUGCAAGUUCUGGGUUGCCAAAGUCACGUGUGCUGUGCGUGCAACUAGCUCCAGCACAAAACUGCAGAUUACUCUGUGUGUGUGUGUGUGUGUGUGUGUGUGUGUGUAGCCAGGGGUGUAUUUUUGGAUUUGUGCUGCCCUAGGCAUGACGGAACCCCCUAAUUUAAAUUUGCCCCACCCCUUCCUGCCAAGGCCACACCUCUAACUGUUAAAGACUAUAAUACACAUUUUGACUGACUGACACAUCCACUCACAGACAAGCACACACUCUCAGAUACACUAAUAUAUACACACACACUCACUGAUUUGACACUCACUGACAGACGCGCGCUGACCGCUGAAUGACGCUAACAGCCCCCCAUAAAACAAAGCUAACACGGCAUUUUCCUGGACAAAAAAAGCCGCCCCCUGGAAAAUGCUGCCCAAGGCAAAUGCCUUGUUAGCCUCACGGUAAAUGCAACACUGUGUGUAGCGUUUACAGCAGAAAUGCUGCACAUACAGAUUCCUACCACCAUGACCACUUCAGAUUACUGAAGUGGUCAUGGUGGUUGGAGUAACCCAUUAAGCCAGACUUUGAUGAUUAAUUAGAUUCAAUCAGUUGGGUCACUCAGUCCUGCAAAUACUUGUCGGCCUAGCCUAUGAUUUCCUGGUGAAACAGUAUGCCAGGGAAUGCAAUCAAUUCGUUCAGCAGUCCAAGCGUCAAUUGCUUGUCUGUCUCAGACAAGUCUUUGGAAAGUGAAUUAAAUCUUGUAAGCUGCAUGCCUUGGCCCUGCUUUCUAUCUGCGGAUGAGAGAUGACCUACUCCAUUGUGCAUGCCAGAUUUACAACAUAAACCUAAGUGACCGCCCUGGGGAGCUGUCUGACUGCAGAAGCUAUUUUAUUUGUAAAAAUUUUUCCAUUAAUGCAAAAUUCUUGCAGUGCUUAGACUGACCAUUUACUCAUGCAUUGUGACUUAGAACCAAUUUGCGUAUUAUUAUUAUUAUUAUUAUUAUUAUUAUUUAAUAUAGAACAUAAGUAGGUACAUUCCAAGGUAAAAGCAUUCACUGCCUAUUGCAUCUAGUUAACUCUUACAGAACCUCUGUUCGGUAUAGACUGCUUUAACAGUCCAUCUGUACCUAAAGGAAAACAAACAUGUAUUCCUGACCUUAUAGUGUUAAAACCACAAUCUAGCCCCCUAAAUAUAGGGGGCUAGCCCCUUUCCCCUAAAUAUAGUAAAAUCUUACUUUUAUUUAAGGCUGCUGCUACUGACUCUGCUCCUGAUCUGCCUGCUUGGCUGACAUCAUCAGAAGUGAUUCUCUGAACCAAUCACAAUGCUUUCCUAUAGAAUUGUCUGAGACUGUCAAGGAGGAAGGUCAUGGGCAGAGCCAGCACAAGGCAAACACAGCCCUGGCCAGUCAGCAUCUCCUCAUAGAGAUGCAUUGAAUCAAUGCAUCUCUAUGAAGAAUGUUCAGUGUUCAAUAGCGUGGAGACACUAAAUGGCAGUACUGCACAGUGUGCAACACUGCCCCAGAAAGCACCUCUAGUAGCCAACUGAGGAGUGGGCAGUGGAGUUGUCCCUAGGCUGUAAUUUAAAAACUGCAUUUUCUUUGGGGGGAAAAAAAACAGUUUACUGCAAAAAGCCUGAAGAGAAUGAUUCUACUCACGAGAACAAAUACAAUAAGUUGUAGUUGUUCUGGUGACUAUAUUGCCUCUUUAAUGCAUGGGUGUCCAACCCGCGGCCUAUGUUUCACAUGGUUGCAGUGCAGCCUGGUUGCUGUCCAUGUUGCCGGGCAGAGAGGGUGGCAGGGAGCACUUUACAUUCUGUGCUCCUCCUGCACAGCUCCCUCAUCCCGGCAUCACUGCCGGGCGUGCGAGGGACCUGUGCAGGAGGAGCACAAAGAUCCCAGGCUCCAGCCCAGCAGCAACCACUAACCACCAGGGAUAGAGGAUCCAUUCCAGCCCUCUCAGAGCAAAGUAGGGAGGCUGGGUGGAUCUCUUUAGUACUAGUGGCUCUUUAGUACUAGCCUGAUUUAGUCUGAUUCUAUGUGUGUGUUUAGGUCUGUGAUUUUGUGUGUGUGUGUAUGUGUAUGUUCUUUUGUCCGUAUCCCUGUGAUUACGUGUUUGUGUCUAUGAUUGUGUGUGGUGUGUGUGUAUAUAUGUGAUUGAUUGUAUUUGCGUAUGUGGAUCUGAUUGUGGGUGUAUAUGUAUGUGAUUGUGUGUAUAGGUGUGUGGGUAUAUCUGUGAUUGUGUGUUUAGGUCUAUAAAUGUAUGUGUGGGGGGUCUGUGAUUGUAUGUGUGUAGGCAACCAUCGGCACUCCAGAUAUUGUGGACUACAUCUCCCAUAAUGCUCUUACAGCCAUAAUGCUGGCAAAGUAUUAAGGGAGUUGUAGUUCCCAACAUCUGGAGUCCUGAAUGUUGCCUACCUUUGACCUAUACUAUAUAUUUGAUGUGUGGCCUGAGACAUUUCCUCUGCGCUCAAUGCGGCCCAGGGAAACCAAAAGGCUGGACACCCAUGCUUUAAUGCAUGCCCCAGUUGUAAAGUAAAUUAGAAUUAUUAAAAGGAUAACACAUUAAAAUUGGCAGCCAUUUACAGAGAGGUCACAUGCAUAGUGACAAAUAUGUUUUCAGUAAAAAGAGGGGAUAACCUUUUAGUAGUGAAAAUAAAAAUGUGUACACUGAUCAACCACCCAUGUGUUGGGUGUACCUUGUAAUGUGUAGCGUGUUGGGCGUACCUUGUAAUGUGUAGCAUGUUGAACUUGUGUCUGUGUUGGGUGUACCUUGGUACGUAUAGCAUGUUGUGUCUGUGUUGGGUGUACUUUGUAAUGUCUUACUUGUUGUGUAUGUCUGGGUGCACCUUGCAACGUGUAACAUGUUGUGUAUGUAUUAGGUGUACCUUGCAAUGUGUAGCAUGUUGUGUAUGUGUGGGUGUACCUUGCAAUGUGUAGCAUGUUGGGUGUACCUUGCAAUGUGUAGCAUGUUGGGUGUACCUUGCAAUGUGUAGCAUGUUGGGUGUACCUUGCAAUGUGUAGCAUGUUGGGUGUACCUUGCAAUGUGUAGCAUGUUGGGUGUACCUUGCAAUGUGUAGCAUGUUGGGUGUACCUUGCAAUGUGUCGCAUGUUGGGUGUACCUUGCAAUGUGUCGCAUGUUGUGUACCUUGCAAUGUGUCGCAUGUUGGGUGUACCUUGCAAUGUGUCGCAUGUUGUGUAUGUAUUGGGUGUACCUUGCAAUGUGUCGCAUGUUGUGUAUGUGUUGGGUGUACCUUGCAAUGUGUCGCAUGUUGGGUGUACCUUGAUGUGGAUGUAAAUAAAGCUUUCUGGCUGCUGUUUGUGACUCAGUAUUGCUCAAUGUCUCUGUCACCUGUUUUGUGGAAUCCUGUCUCCUAUUUCCUGUGUCCUUUGGGUGGUGUAUACAGAGCCGACAGUAGUGAUCUACUUUGAAUCAUUUUGUAAUCAUCUCUAAGUUAAAUAAACAGCAUUAAUAUUGACCGGUCUAUCAAUUAAACUGACAGUAUUAUCCUAAAUGGAGAAAUAGCUUGCCAGCCCUCCAGGAACAGAGUGUCAAGGUUUAUACUUGAUAUAGGAUACAAUCUUACAGCACUGCCGACUUGUUUCUCUGUGUUCUAUAUCGUGUUGGGGCAGUGUGUCCUUUGCAGUCUUUGUUGGUUCUGUCUAUUAUUUAUUACUGUGUGUCUGUUGAUCGGAGGUGUACAUUGUGACCUGCCCUGCUGAUUUGUCAUUGUUUUAAGGUGCAAGGCAUGCUGCCCUUUACGGUUGGUUAAUUAUUCACUGUGGGUGUGUGUGUCCCUAGAUGUGUGGAACUGUCACCUUUGGCGCUCUCUGUGGUGGAUUUGUCAGAUUGCAGUAAUUGAUGCCAUACUUUCAUGUACCGUGAUGUACACUGCUCAUGAUACUGAUGUUUAUUGACUAGUGGUAUAGAUAUGUCUCUUUUGCAAUGCUCCCUGCACGCUAGUUAUUGGAACGAGCAUGUAAUGAUUUCAGUCUGCAGUGCUCCCUGUAUGUUCAUGGAGUGAGCCUGUAGUGCUCCCUGUAUGUUCAUGGGGUGAGCCUGUAGUGCUCCCUGUAUGUUCAUGGGGUUAGCCUGUAGUGCUCCCUGUAUGUUCAUGGGGUGAGCCUGUAGUGCUCCCUGUAUGUUCAUGGGGUGAGCCUGUAGUGCUCCCUGUAUGUUCAUGGGGUGAGCCUGUAGUGCUCCCUGUAUGUUCAUGGGGUGAGCCUGUAGUGCUCCCUGUAUGUUCAUAGUGGGAGCCUGUAGUGCUCCCUGUAUGUUCAUAGUGGGAGCCUGUAGUGCUCCCUGUAUGUUCAUAGUGGGAGCCUGUAGUGCUCCCUGUAUGUUCAUAGUGGGAGCCUGUAGUGCUCCCUGUAUGUUCAUAGUGGGAGCCUGUAGUGCUCCCUGUAUGUUAGUGGGGUGAGCCUGUAGUGCUCCCUGUAUGUUAGUGGGGUGAGCCUGUAGUGCUCCCUGUAUGUUAGUGGGGUGAGCCUGUAGUGCUCCCUGUAUGUUAGUGGGGUGAGCCUGUAGUGCUUCCUGUAUGUUAUGUGAGCAGGGCCUGUAGUGCUCCCUGUAUGUUAGUGGGGUGAGCCUGUAGUGCUUCCUGUAUGUUAUGUGAGCAGGGCCUGUAGUGCUCCCUGUAUGUUAGUGGGGUGAGCCUGUAGUGCUCCCUGUAUGUUAGUGGGGUGAGCCUGUAGUGCUCCCUGUAUGUUAGUGGGGUGAGCCUGUAGUGCUCCCUGUAUGUUAGUGUGAUGAGCCUGUAGUGCUCCCUGUAUGUUAGUGGGAUGAGCCUGUAGUGCUCCCUGUAUGUUAGUGGGAUGAGCCUGUAGUGCUCCCUGUAUGUUAGUGGGAUGAGCCGCUAGUGCUCCCUGUAUGUCAUGUGAGGAGGGCCGCUAGUGCUCCCUGUAUGUCAUGUGAGGAGGGCCGCUAGUGCUCCCUGAAUGUCAUGUGAGGAGGGCCACUAGUGCUCCCUGUAUGUCAUGUGAGGAGGGCCGCUAGUGCUCCCUGUAUGUCAUGUGAGGAGGGCCGCUAGUGCUCCCUGUAUGUUGGUGGACCUGGGCCUGAAGUUCUCUCUACUGACUAUUUAGCGGGCCUGCGCCUGUAGUGUUCUCUGCAUACUACUUUUAUGCCCGCUAGGAGACCAGGACUGUAAUGUUGCUUGAAUUACAAGCAUGUUUGCCUUUAUAAUAAUUCCGUUUGUUUUUGUAACAGGAAUGCCCUUGGCUCAGGCUGUGUCAAUUCUCCAGAAGCAUUGCAGGACCAUCAGAAAUGUGCAGAUCCUCUAUAGCGAACAGGUGAGCUUUAAGAGACAUCACAUCUAGGAAAGCCUAGAGUUUGAAGGGGACCCUUUAAGGGGUAAAAUGUUUGAACCAAAGAUGUGUCUCUAAAGAUGGUUGUAAAGGGUUACUCCAACUACCAUAACUAGUAUAUUAUUUGAAGUGGUCAUGGUACUUGGAGUUUGUAUGUGCAGUGCAUGAAGUAAUACUGCACAUAAAGAGGAGAACUUGGCCUUAGUGAAAGUUUUUCUUUAUUUCGGUAAGGUACUGUAAAAGCCUUGAAAAUCAUCCAGAACCCCAGUAUCAGUACUAUUGUCUCUUGGUGGGACAUGAUACUGCAGUAGUUGGGGGGGGCCUCUUUGCCUCCAGGUGGAACACACGCUGUUAGCCUGUGUUCUAACGAUCUCUGCUGCCUUGUCUGUCCAGGUGCGAGAAAUUGCAUUGGUAGACCUUAUUAUCGUGCAUCCUGGGAACACAUACUCAGGUUGUGCUGUGUUCCACCACAGUCACAGUUUUGCACACUAUCAUCUUGGUGCCAAAAUGUUCAUCUCCUGCCUAAGAGAUAUGAAUCCCAGAAUAAAAGAAAAGGCCAUGUGCUGACAGAAACUGUUCCCUUUGCCAACAGUUGUCAAAGGUCAGAUAAUGUGUAAUUUUUUAAUAGUUUUUUGCCUGUACCACCAAGGUACAAGUAUUAGGUAACAUUUGUCCCAUGUUGUUUUUAAUCUUAUGCUUAUGUGCAAUGGGGGAGUCUGCAGAGGUGUAGAUGAGGGCAAGGUACACACCAGGAGCCAGCCAUCCUGGACGGUUCUUUGGACACUGGGACUGGCUGGCGGUCGAGGCAGAAAUUAAUUUGUCUUUGGUGGAACGCACACUAAGAUUGGGAUCAGUAGCCUCGCUCUCUGCUUUUGCAUACUGUGGUGUCUGUGAACUGGAAAGCAAUCUAUCAUUCAUGCAUUUCUGUCAAAUGUGACAUCCGUUCAUUUCCAUAGCUUUCAUGCCAUCUGCAAUAUUUAUAAACCCUUUAAUAGAUCUUACAAAUUACUUUUUCCUUUUUCAUUUGCGAAGCAUCUUCCAUUUUGCCUUCAUAGACAGAUUUCAUUGCCCUCCCCCAAAUGGUUUCCUUGUUGGAAGUACUUUUUUUUUUUUUUUUAUCCUUUCCCAGCUCAUUUUGGUGAAAUUCUGUAAUGGAAAAGCAUUUUGGCUGUUUUGGGAAUGCUUGGUGCCCUGGUUAUUGUAUGAAUCGGCCCGAAAUCUGAAGGAAAUGUAAAUAAAUUGUCAUUGUUCUUCUUUUAGCAUCUUGAUCAGGAGUCUUAUAUGUCAUCUACUAUACAUGCACAGGGCAAAUCUCUAAAAUGUGGGUUUAAUGUGAAUUCUAGAUAUUAGGCGGAAAUAGAAAUGUAGCUGACAAAAAUAAUUACCCGGUAUUCCAGUUUCCAAUUCUUCCCAAAAAAUGUUAAAUCUGCUUUGCUUUUACUAUGAUUUCUGGACAGUUCAACCAGUCUUAAACAGGGUCAAUACAGAGACAAGUCCUGCUUCACUUAGCAUUUGAAAUGCCUGGGGCGCAAAGUUUUCUAUUUUAUUCUGCUCUGUUAGAAAUGUAAUUACCCUUUCAAAACUCUGCAUUCUGCAAUACUGAGAGGUUUGACAUGUUUCUAGCUUACUUAGUGGAAGUGGGCUCUAUGUCCUCAUCCUGCGACACCAAACGUGCAAAUUGGCACUUAUUUGGACCACUUACUGAGUUUGUUUUUAUACUUGGCAUAAACCUGCUGCAAGCCAUAAUAAAAUGAAUCUAAGUGAAUAAUCAUCUUGUGUUUAGUUCAUUCUUAGCGUGGUAUUUGCUUUGCAUUCACCAACGAGCUCCGUGUAAGUGUGGUCUGUUUUUAUUUUUGUUUGUUUUUUUGUCGUGUAGUGUUGAAUCGCGUUAGAUUUUUCUGUACUGUGUUAUGGAAUUAUUUUUUUGCAAGGUGUCCUCAUAGUCCCAUCCCCAACCUUUUAGAUGCACAUUUAACACCUUGAAGGGCCGAUGCAAUUGCCCAAAUUCUAAAUCAAAACAACACCUAGAACUUGUGCUAUGUGUUUGCUAUACUACAAUUUAAGGGUUUCUCUUUGAAUACACCUGUACAUAUUAUAAUUUUUUUUUUUUUUUUUUUUUUAAAUAGCAGAAAUAGCUUUUGUUUAAAAUCCUAUAUUUAUACCUAACACCGCAUUAAAGGGACACUCUAGUCACCAGAAGAACUUUAGCUUAAAGAAGCUGUUUUGGUGUAUAGAUCAUGCUUCUAAAGUUUCACUGCUCAAUUCUCUACCAUUUAGGAGUUAAAUCUAUUUUGCUUCUGUUUAUGCAGCCAUAGCUACAACUCCUCUGGCUGUGACUGACACAGACAUGAUCUCUACAACAAAACUGACUCAUGAAGCUAAAGUGUUUGUGGUUACCAUAGUGUCCCUUUUAAAUAUAAAUAAAAUGUAAUUCUGAAACUCCAAGGUUUCUUAUGGAUAUAUAAUUAACAUUUAAAACACAUUUCGAAACCUUUUCCCUCUCUUCCUCAGGCCUGAAGCAAUACACCUACAUAUGGUUAGUCAAAUUAAAGGUAUCAUUGCAUAUGCAAGGUAUUGCACUGCAAUACUCUGAUUAUUUAGGCAUUGUGUAAUAUAAUAUCUAAUAAUUUAUUCAUUAAUAUAACACUGGUUUUGGGAGUAACCCUAUAUGCCACGUCCCUCCCGAAAGGAGAAAAAAACAACAAUGACUUAUCAUGGGUGAAGUUCUCCUGGCAGUCUGAGCCUGUAACUUCCGCCGGUUGAGGGGAGGACUGAGGCGGCAUGGAAGGGGGCAGUGCUACUAUUGGUCAUCUGUCACCAGCAUGCUGUGCAUGCUUACACCCGACAUUCAAUAUGCACAGAAUUUACAUUUGCCAGUAAGGAACUCUCCUCUGGUCUAGCUAAAAACCCUUUGAUGCUGCAAGAGUUGGAGUUACACGUACAUAUGUAGCGUUUCAUAGUAAAAAUCUGCACAAAUCACUGGUCACAAAAUCACAAUGUGGCUUGGAGUCUUUAAGGACCAGUUACGGAUUAACGUUAACAUGAUCUGAGCGGUCCUUGGACAGGGGAAACAAAUUUGGAAAUCUCUACUCUCUUUCAGCUUGUUAUCUGCCUAAAGAAGGGGUGCAGAAAUGACUCAGGUGUGCUGUCUAGGAGGGUGUAAUCCGCAUGAGUGUACAUCUAUAAUAUGUAUACCCUGUUUUAUAUACAUUGUUUUCCAGUUCUUUGUGCAGCCAACUAAUUCAGGUUUGUUAAAUCACUGCAUAAAAUGGACUAUAGGACAUCAAAACACCAACUCUUUCAACUUGAUAAACUGCAACCGAGUAUUAUGUGUAAAAUGUGUUUGUAAGAACAUACAUGAACUACAGAAAUAUUUGUUUUAUGCCUCUUCAAACACCCUCCAUCACUUUGGUAGAAUGUGGUUAGGGUUUGGAAGAAUGUUGAAGAAUAUGGUGGUGAUUCGUGUUCUGUAGAAACAGUGAGACUAUUUUCCCUAAACAUUCCCACUUUUAUUUCAGUCUCCUCUGAGCCAUGACCUCAUCCUUAGCCUGACUCAGGACGGAAUCAAACUGCUGUUUGAUGCUUACAACCAGAGACUAAAGGUGAGGAGCCGGGGCAUUGAGAAGGUUGGGCCUGGCUAACAUGAGUACAUGAGUACAAAUUGCUGGUGGAACAUGACUGAUCUGUUUUAUUUUCUGUUUUUAUCUUUUGUUUUUCCCCUAUAGGUGAUAGAAGUGUAUGAUUUGACAAAGGUUAAAUUAAAAUAUUGGUAAGAGUUUCUAUAUUUUUGCUUCUUAUGUAAAAAGUACCCACUUCUUGCCUUGUGUAUAGGGACACUUGUGAAUGAUGUGCGUGUUCUUCAUUGGCCAAUUUUUACAUUGUGAGUUUCUCCUGCAAUAGAUAGUUUGAGUAAAUUUUGUCUCCAUACAAUAGCUUCCCCUGUGUUUUCCAAUUUUCCAAUUCAGAAUUUAGCCAUUGUUUACCCUUCUUCUACUGACUGACCAAUCUUCUUUGCUCUUUUAGUGGAGUUCACUUCAACUCACAGUCCAUUGCACCUACUAUAGAGCAAAUCGAUCAGUCGUUUGGAGCAACACAUCCUGGAGGUUCGUAAUCACUGGAUUUAGCUUCAUGUUCCCAGGGAUCAUUAUAAUAAUGAUAAUUGUAUAAGUAGUGAGAUAAUUGUAUAUCUUCUCUUCAGUGUACAACUCCGCAGAACAACUGUUCCACCUCAACUUCCGUGGUCUGUCUUUCUCCUUUCAACUGGAUUCCUGGACUGAAGCUCCGAAGUAUGAGGUUAGUUCCACACAUCUUCAUGGAGAAUGUUUUUCAAGCUUAAAUGUGUCGUUUUUGUGGGGCACUCUAGAACCGUAUUUGUUGGAAUAAUUUACUGGCAUGGGUGCAUAUGUAAAGGCAUCAGUUUAAGCAAUUUUAGAACUUGGGCAAUUAUCAGACUGCACUCUUGCUGUGGUAGAACUAGAACGAAGCAGAGAUCAGCAAAAAUUCUGUAAGAAUAUGGAGUUUGUGUUUGAAUGACUGAACAUGUUCUACUUCCAGAACAUGUGAGGAACUCCGAAAACUUGUUUAUAGGUCAGUGGAAUCCUGAUUCUUUGUAAUGAUGAGAGCUGAGCAUACUGGCACAACAUGAGGUUUUCUCACUGAAGCCUAUGUUGACCUGAGAUAUUUAUGAAGACCCAAUAAUUAGCAUCAUGCAUAUUUACAAAUAACAUUUAUUUCCUUGGGGUACUGCUGAGCUCAGCUCAAUUCUAAGUUCUUCCAAGCUUACAAAAAUAAUAAUGGCUUCUUGGAAGCAUCAAAGGAACACUAUAGCGUUGGUAAUACAAAUAUGUAUUCCUAAUGCUAUAGUCUUCUCCUACCUAUCUAGGUGCCUACCUCCCUUGCAGGUGUUUUAAAGGUAAGUUUUACUUACAUCCCGCGGCACUCUGCUUUCUCCGCUAACACUACGCAUCAAUAUUAAUGAUCUCAGUCAAACCAACCCUUCCUCAUAUGGAAGCAUUGUGAGGCUAGUGCACACGUGAUGCAAAACGCCGCACUGCGCCAGUCUGAUGCCCUUAAGGAGAGUAAUUUGAGCUAUAAAAGAGGUUAACUUAGUUAUAGCUGCGGAAGCCUCUCUAGUGUCUGUCAUCCUGACAUCCACCAGAGGCAUGUUAAUACUGCAACGAAAACCUUGUUGUUCCUGCAAAACGACAAUGUUUACAGGUCCAGUAUUAAAACGACUGGGUCAUUAGAGUCCCUUUAAGACUAGUAAACCCUGAAUGAUCUAUUCCUGUAGCAGUCUAUGCCCUGUAGUUCCGUAACACCUCCCUCUCCCCAAAAUAUUAACUUUAUGGGUUCAUUGAGUAAACUACCAUCUAUGCUGUGCUGCUGAUCAACCAAAUUCUAUGUGGAUGGUUGUUCCUGUUGGGCUCUGAGUAGAUGUGUAUUUUGUUUUAUUUCAAUUACGAUCUGAUAUUGCUGUUUUCUGACUCUUAAUUCUUCUUUUUAAAGCCCAACUUUGCACAUGGUUUGGCAUCCCUCCAGAUCCCCCAUGGAGCAACUGUGAAACGCAUGUAUAUAUACAGUGGGAACAGCCUCCAGGACACCAAGUGAGUAACAAAAUCACCCAAAGACAAAUUACAAUCCAAAUGACUUUCCUCUGUUAAUUUUAAUUUCUUAUUAUGUGCCUCAUGACAGGGCUCCCAGCAUGCCUCUAGGUUGUUACCUGGGUAACGUGUUUGCAGAGAGUGUGGAUGUUCUGAGAGAUUCAUUGGGGCCUCUAGGACUGAGGCUUCGUCUGCUCAGUACAGGUACUCACAGGGCUUAUAUCGUCUGUUUCUAAAUAUGUUCUUUAUAUAUGUUUGUGUAUGUGGUUUUCUUUGGGUUUUUUUGUGGGUUUUUUGUUGUUGGUUUUUAUCCUGUGAACCUGCCUCUAGAAGUAUAACUUUUGAGGGAUGUCAUAUAACAGUUGUGGCUCACCUUGGCUUCACAGAUGAAUGUUAACUACAUUUCCCAUGAUAAUCUGCCAUAUAGUAACCCUUGCUUAAAUUGUCUCUCUCUGACAUGAAAACUAAGCCAAGUCGCUUGACAAUACAAUGUACGUUUAGAAAUGUAUAACUAAAAACCACUCAAAUGUUAUGUAUAUUUGAUUCCUUGUUAGUAGUAGUGUGCAAUAUUCUCUUUAGCAGUAUCUUCUUUCUCCUACACAACAGCCUGGAUAGAAAUGGAAUGGGUGAAGCAAUUAUAUUGUAGAAUGUGUACUUACAGGUCAAGCUGGUACUUGCUAGAAUGUAUACUUAACAUUCUUUAGCUGUACUGUGUGGCAGAUAAUGAAUGAUUCAUAUCCCAAUGCCUAUUAAUAAUUAUUAAGGAAUGCCUCUUUCUGUUGUCCUUUGCAUCUCUAGGCUGUGGACCGGGAGUAAUGGCAGAUGCCAAGAUGCGGGUAAUGGAACGCUGUGUACAUUUCGGUGAUUCUUGUCAGGAUGUGCUGAGUACCCUGGGGGCUCCACAUAAAAUCUUCUACAAAUCUGACGACAAGGUGAGGAAAUGGACAUAUGUAGGAUUUGUAAACCUUUAUAAAUAUGUAAUACAUAACCUAUAUGAAUCCAUAAUGGCAAAAUGCUCGCGACGUCAUCGGCUGAAUGCGCAUGCGCGGCAGGAGCCGCGCGCGCAUUCAGCCGGUCGCAUAGGAAAGCAUUUACAAUGCUUUCCUAUGGACGCUUGCGUGCUCUCACCGUGAUUUUCACAGUGAAAAGCACGCAAACGCCUCUAGCGGCUGUCAAUGAGACAGCCACUAGAGGCUCUAGAGGCUGGAUUAACACUCAGUAUAAACAUAGCAGUUUCUCUGAAACUGCUAUGUUUAUAUAAAAAAAAAAGGUUAAUCCUAGCUGGACCUGGCACCCAGACCACUUCAUUAAGCUGAAGUGCUCUGGGUGCCUAGAGUGGUCCUUUAAUUUAACCUGGAACGUCUUUACCCAAAUGAGACUGCGGAAUGAAAAAAAAAUAUAUAUAUAUAUGUGAAAUUCUUGACAAUUUUUUGGACAUUCUUUGCUGAAUUAAAAAAAAAAAAAAGCGUCAGGGCCUUUCUGCCUGUCACUCCUGUGUGGCAGGCUUCCUCUUGCCACGACCCCCCGCUCUGAGGCUGACAUGAUCGUUCGGCAGACUCUUCGGUCUAUUCAACUCCCUCUCCGUAGCCAGUGCUUCACGAUUCAGGACUUGUUCACGCCAGUGGAGGGGUGCCUCUCUAGACUCCUUAGGCAGUGCCCGUGCUGCGCUUUAUGGCGAAAGGGGUGGACUGGCUCAGGGGAGUCACGCUAAUUAUGCAGCUCACCUCAGUGCUCGUGUGUGUGCCUACAGUUCUCCAGUUCAGUUGUACUUGUUGAACCAUUGCCUUAUUCUGAAUCCCUGGUAAUUGAACUCUUAUUUGCCUAAUAAACUAUGCUGCCUGGACUGACCUAACCUUCUGCCUGAUUACUUCAUUGGAGUCUCCCUUUCUGCACUUUGUUAUUGGUGUCAUUUUUUCAUAUUGAGUGUCUUCCACUCCAAACCCCUAACAAAGUGACAACUCAGGAUGUGUGCACAGAUCUGUUAGUUACUGUUUAGGUCCAGAAGUAGGUGUGACCAAUGUAAAAGGUUACCUGUUCAUUGUAGAACUACUCAGGCUCAAAAAGUGAUGAACACAAGGAUCAGGUAUCUAGGACACGUUAACCAGACUUUGACUCCAACACACUGUACCACUACUUCAUUAUUAACCUGCAGUCUGUAACAUGAUGUUUACUGUGUGCUUUGCCCUUACUGGUGAAUAUCAGGUUUUGAAUGCUGUUUGUUUUAAUUCCAGAUGAAGAUUCAUUCCCCGUCCCCCCACAAACAGGUCCCUGCAAAAUGCAAUGACUAUUUCUACAACUAUUUUACCCUUGGGGUGGUAAGUUCACACAUAUCUGUAGUUGUUUUUCACAAAAGUGAGAAUUCAAAGUGAAUUUCAAAUUUAAGAUUAAAAUAGCCGAACUGGAAAACCUCCCUUAAUUAGUUAUGAUUUCUGUUUGGCAACUUUGGCAUUACAUUUUGAAGUUCACUUUGAAUUCUCACCUAAGUAAAUGUUAGUAUUUAUUGUGUCAAAAUAGUGAAAUGAUCAGUUCUGAGCAAUUUGUGCCAAUUUAGAGGAAACAUUUAGAAUAUUCACUGUCAGUUAUUUACUAAAGUGAUUGUUUGGAAUUCAUGUCAAUUUCCAAUUUUAGAACAAUUUAGCCAAACUGGAAGCAUAACAGAAUAUUUUCGAAACUAUUUUGACCCUUAAAGCGGCACGGUCAUGCCAAACCUACCUUUCCUCAAUCUCUUCCUCUUCUCCCCCUCUCUCAUGAUCUGUUCUUCUUUUCUUCCUGUUUUCUUUAAAAUCAUAAGACAAAAUAGGGACUCUUUGCCUUAUGGAGGUUUCCUCCGCUUGACCAGCAGACGAGCCAAGUGUGCUUCAUUUCCGCUGGUCAGAGCAAUUUUCCCAUAAUUCUUACCUUUCCUCUGUGAUCUCGCGAUGCUUCCUGUCAUUUUAGACGAAACUGCCGAAUUGCGUUCUAACUGAAUGAGAACAGUAUGUUUGUUUGUUUUAGAACUCAAUUCGGCACUUUGUUCAUAUCGGAAUUUCAUUCGAAUGAAUGAAACUCCGAUUCAAUUUGUGCCGUGGCUGAAUCUUGCAGCCGCUUAGUAGAGAACUCCCUAAUUCCCACGGUAUCAGGGAGUUAUCUUCUAAAAGGCUGAAAGACCUACUGUCCUCCUCCUACCCCGGCCCCCACACCUGCGCGGUGGGUGGGGGCCAUAAAUUACAAUGGGGGGUUACCUACUGUCCUCCCCCCACCCCGGCCUCCACCCCUGCGCGGUGGGUGGGGGCCAUAAAUUACAAUGAGGGGGACCUGCUGUCCUCACCCCUCCCUCCUCUUCCCCCCCGGCCCCCACCCUUGAGCAGCCAUAAAUAUAAUGAGGGGGAGGACCUACUGUUCUCCCCCCCCUCCGGCCCCCACCACUGGGCGGCGGGUGGGGGCCCUAAGACAAAUCUCCCUCCCGCCCCACCCAUCAAAGGUGACUAGGGGUUCCCAAGCCCCUAGUCACCCACCCCAAAAAAAGUUACCCCCUACCUACUCCCCUCACCCUAAAAAAUAGUGAGGAGGGAAUAAAAUAACUAACCUGUAAAGAAAAAUGUAACUUACCAUUUGACGUCUUCUUUUUUCUAAAAUCUUCAUUUUUCAGCCCCAAAAAAGGAAAAAUAAAAACCCAUCAUACCCGUCGAACUUAAAAUAAAAUAAAAAAACCUGACGAAAAAGAAAAAACCUGAGCGGAAAAAAAAUAAUCCAUCUUCACCCAUGGAGGGCUCCGCGCAGGCGGGGAAGGCUUAUAAAGCCUUGCCUCACCCUGCAAUUAGGCUAAGAACACUCUGAUUGGCUGUUUUUUUGUCAUUUUACACAGCAUGGGAAAAUUCCCUAGAACUUUCCCACAUUGUGUAAAAUGACACAGAGCACUCUGGGUGGCUUGAGUAGGUCCCUGGCCCCCACCCGCCGUGCAGGGGUGGGGGGGAGGACAGGAGAAACACCACCCCCCCCCCCCAUUAUCUUUAUGGUCCCCAUCCAACGCUCAAGGGCGGAGGCCGGGGGGGGGGAGGACAGUAGGUUGUCCCACUCCCCCCCCAUUGUAAUUUAGGGCCCCCACCCGCCGCCCAGGGGUGGGGGCCGGAUAGUAGUUUGUUUUUUGUUUUUUUGUUUGUUUAGUAGACAUGCCCCUACUCACGGUAUAGCGAGUAGGGGCGUUGGGGAGAUUUUAAUCUCCCUUAUGCUAUUAUGGGGGUCAUAUUGACCCCUAUAGAGUGAGGGAGCACAUGGGGGGGCUUAGGAAGUGGUGGGGAGCACUGCUUCCUGCCGCUUCUAUCUUUACAUAUUACAAGGAGGGAGCUGCGCGCCGGUAGCUCCCUCCUUGUAAUAAACUAAACGAACACUGAUACUCAGUGUUUGUUUGUUCGUCUGAAAUAUCCAUUCACUCAUUCGUCUUUCUGACGAAUGAAUGAAUAGAUUAAAUUCCCGUUCGCAUGUGUUUCACUGGGCAUGUGCGGGAAUCUCAGUGCUAUAGUGUGGGCAGAUGACAUGUCCCACAGGGACUUCCUCUACCCACACAAAGAUGGCGGCACCCAGAAUAUAGAUCGGGGCAGAAAAUAAAGAAUAAAAAAUAGGUAAUAUGGUGGGGGCUUAAGGGUAUUUGGGGGUGACUAGCGGGUCAGUUAGAUGUAGUGGAGGCGGGAGGGGGGGUUAAAAAAAAAAAAAAAAAAUGGAUUCGCCCAUGACAGUGCCGCUUUAAAUUUGUUGUUCACUUUGUAUUUCACUCGAUUCUCACAUGAGUGAAUGUGUAUUAUCCACUGAAUUUUGCAAAGCCAUCUAUGUAUUAUCCCAACUAAAUUCUAAAUGAAUGGUUCCAAAUCCAGUCCUCAAGGCAUGCGCCAGGAUUUUUCUAGUAUCUCCUUUAGAAGAAAAUUUUAAAUGCAUAAUUCCUGAGAUGUUGGUAUGCUUUGAGGUCUGGGUUGUGAACUACUUCCUUAGAUUGAAGAAUGCUAAUCCGGAAUUGGUCCUAGAUAUGGCCAGCUAUAAGAAAAUGUUUGGAAACCCAUAGCAAUUUCCAAAUCUGACCCGCUACUAACCACGAGGAGUGGCUUGUCAGAUCCAGCCCUUUAUCCCUCACUCCACAUGUGGCAGUGUAAUGGUCAAUAAUGAGUCAUGCCCACCAAUGAAACACUUUUUCUUAUUAACCAAUUCGACUGCCAAUGGUGUAAUGGUCGGUAUGGUACCGUUUUUCACCUCUCCUGUUGAUUCAGGUCUGUUGGACAUCUGAUUAUUUAAAACAAAUGUUAUAAAUUUUGAAUGAUUUUUCAACCUUUUGUCCUCUUGCUGUUUGGGGAGUCUGAUGUAAAAUUUCACUGUUUUUUUUUUUUGUCAUUUUACUUGUCAUUUGGUACUUUUAUACAGUACUGUGGAGUCAGUCGUGUAAAUAUAGAGGUGUAUAUAGGUUUACGCCUAUAUUUACCAGAUAUUUAGCAGAUAAGUCGACUCAAACUCCUGUGCACCUUUUGUGCUUCGGCUAGGCCACCUGAAGUCAACAAAUAGUCGGAUUUUAUAUAAAAUUAUAAAAGUUCUUUUACUUCCUGCUAUGCGAUAGGUUAUUGUAUUAUGUGAUUAAGAAGAUGGUCAGAGUUCACAAAUAAAAGACUAGCAUGUAGUUUACCUUUUUGCCAAUAGAUGGCUUGUGUGUAUCUCUCCAGCCAGUCAGCUGUGUUUACAUAUUACGAUACGGUAAGCAGUUAUGUCAUCUGCUAGUUAUACCCGACAUUUGUGUAUAAAUUGUUAAAUUAUGAUUCCGAAGUGUACUCGAUCGAGUGGUAACAGUCAUAGUAAGCACUCCACAAAUUCUAUUUCUUUGGAAGGGAGAAGGACAAAAGCAUUGAGUGUAUCAAAAAAGUAUUAGAUUAAGGUCUUAUAUUUGUCUCAGCCACAUAUGAACAAGUUUAUGUCCAGCAUAUUAGUAGACCCCUAGUUUUUGGUAUUGUCAUAUUUUAUUUUUCCCACUUUAAAUGUCACCUUAUGCGCAGGCAUAUAUGGUAAAUUGUAAUAUAAUUAGAUAAUAUAAGGAGUUGCAGUCGGUGGUACCAUAAAUUAAGUUGGUGUUAUGACUCAACAGCCCUUGUAUUAAGUGGGUGAUACUUUACGCAGAAUCACAGAUAAUUGUUUUGAGAUCAAGACAGAUGGAAAUUUGUAUAGAACUACAACCUCUUCUUACUUCAUUAAAAAUCAUUGUCCUGAUGAAGAGAUUUAUUUAAAGAAUGUGACAGUAAUGUUCAUCUGACUGUAUUACCUGUAACUAUGACAAGCAGACGGUUCUACUCCAAUCUCAUUCUUCUUCAGCAGAGAUUGUCUAUCUAUUCCAGAUCUGUCUAGUACACUUUUCAUUUAUCUGUAUCUCAAAUUUUUAGGAUAUUCUCUUUGAUGCAAAUACGCACAAGGCCAAGAAGUUUGUACUGCACACAAAUUAUCCCGGGCAUUACAACUUCAACAUGUAAGUAGAUGGAUACAUAGCUGUAUCAACUAUAAUGUUACUGAAAUUAAGCUCAUAUCACUAAUUUCACUAACCACAUCUUAAAAACACACCCAACCAUAAUUAAUAAUGCUUUUUUCCAUCACCUAAAUUUAACUCUAGCUCAGUAAAAGCUUCUAAACCCUACGCCAACAAACACAUUGCUUUAGAAUUCACAAAAAAAAGGGAAUACAAAUCUUGUGGUUCCAUCUUUAAUAAUGACGAUAACAAUAACAUAACAAUGACACUUCACACAAUAAUCUAUUUACUGUGUAACUGCAGCUUUCUCCAGUUCAGUGGAGAUAUUCUCAUAAAUCGUUAAUAGUCUUGUGUGUAUGUUGUGCAAAAUAUAUUUUAUUCGGAUAUUAUUACAAUAAAAACAUGGGUGAAUGAGCUAGUCUCACAUCUAAAGGGGAGCUCUCACAAUAUGUAUGUGAGUUGAUAAAUGUAGAAAUCUAACCCUCCCUAUUCUGCAACUGGUUUCCUCCAUCUUAGGCCCCUGUCUAUCAUUAUCAGGGACAAAGGUCAGAGUUUGUAACCGUCAUAGUAAAGGCAUACAGAGAAGCAGAGAAAUUAAACAGUUUUUCGAUUUCUCAUCUUAAUUUGGAAUUUUUGCACUGGCUUUUCUGCCUAUGAACUGGUUUAUGAUGUGAUUCCCUAAAUCUUUUAUAUAAAUUUGAAAGGAAACAGUGUGUUUCAUGAAAAUAGAUGCACAGCAAAUUGUUAUUUUGACAUGUUUUGUUCAUUUGUUUAAAUUUCCGUGAGGUGCCAGUUCACCUUUAAAAGAACAUGUUACAAAGCAGCUUUUAUUUACCUAGUUAUCUAUAAUCCGGGGCCAAUACAAACCAUUGUCUGGAAAUCUAUUCAUAAGCCGGAUACAUAGAACACAAGGUCACACAUUUAAACUGGAAGAAAGAAGAUUUAGUCUAAGGCAAAUGGCAGUUUUUUUUUGUUUUUUUACAGUAAGAACAAUAAUGAUGUGGAAUUCUCUGCCUGAAGAGGUGGUUUUAUUAGAGUCUAUACAGAUGCGUAAACAGCAUCAUGAUGAAUACUUACAAAAACAUAAUAUUCAGGAAUAUAAUAUUUAAUUUGUGUGGUAAUAGCUGCUUGAUACAAAGAGAGAUCUGACUGACAUUCUGGCAUCAAGAAGGAUUUUUUUUCCUAGUUUGUCGCAAAAUUGGAAAUUACUUCAAACUGGAUUUGUUGCCUUCUUUUGGAUCAACAGCAAAAACAAAUGUGAGAGAGGCUGAACUUGAUGUAUGCAUGUCUCUUCUCAUUGAUGUAACUGUGUAAUAGUUUGGGGCAUUUUCAAAAAAGGGAAUCUAUACAUUUGUUAAUUUUUUAACAGUUGUAUGUUGCGUAAUUUAUUGAAAUUGAUUAAAUGAACAAUCCUAUAACCGUUUACUUCUUGUAUAAUGACCUUUCCUCUGCUUCUUAUUCCAGUUACCAUCGCUGUGAUUUCCGGAUUCCUUUAACAGUUAAGAGAGGUGAGUUACUCUGAUCUUAACAAUGAUGUCUUUAUAAAAAAAAAUUUAAAAGCGCAUGACUGGUUGGUAUUUUUUGUUGUUUAUAGCACUAGACAUCAGAUUGCAGGUUCACUUUCUAGUACGGCUUAAUCUGUAAUACAUCCUUCUGAGGUCAGUAACAUUGUGGUCUAAUAAUACCUAUACCCUCAGGUUAUACUGAAAACAGAAGAAAAUAUCCUUGUAUUCUUCCUUGAAUGAGGUUUUAACCCAAGCUGUAGUGGAUCCUAGACUUUGUCCUUCUUUCCUUUUUGUCAUAGCUGAUCUAAUUCGUAAAUUAUAUACUGUCUUCCUCUUCUUAUAGACACCUCUGAAACACAAACAGAAAUCUGCACCACCUACAGCAAGGUGAGAAUAUUUUUUUAUCUGGUAACUUUUUUGCCCCACCAAAAAUGUUUACAUACUGUUUCUGUCUAUUGAUACCCAUUAUAAUCUUAGCCUCUGUUGCUACGGAGUCAAUGUUUGGACAACUGAGGAAUGAUCAGUAAAUUAUAUUUGUAAGGAGAUUAUUGGUAUGGUAAUCCUUAUUAAGUGAGACUUUAUAAGGAGAAGAAAAAUAGAACUAACCACUAUGCUUAAUGUGCAAUAUGCCCCCGUGGCUAUAGGAGAACUUCAGUUUCAUCCCAACUCCUGCCCUCAAGUAGAAAGCUUUUGAAUAAAUAUGAUACGUAGCUUUAACAUAACACAGUAUGCGCUAAUUGCAGUGUUCUGGGUGGUCUUUCCACCACUACUUCCCUGGACACAGUUGGUAAAUUAAAAUUAUUUUAUAUGUCUUAAGACAAAUAUUCAUUCAUAGAGGCGCUUCCAGGUUCUUCAUGGACUUUUAUGCUGGAUGUCCUUUACAUGAGAAUGUGCAAUCCAGUAGGAAAUUCAAUGUUUUUAGUGGAGCUCUAAUGCGCGCGUGGUGUAUAUAUAUCACCAACAUACUCUGAAGUGCUGUACAAAGUACUAGCUAGAGUAAAAAAGGUCCUGCUCAAAACAAGUUUACGUUCUAGAAGGCUUCUUGAAGACUGACGGAUUAUUCACUGAAGUGUGAAUUGUUGGUCAUUUUACGUGAAUUUUAGAUAUUGAUCUGCAAUAGCUGAUUUGGGAAUAUUCUCCAUAUCACUCUACAGCUCACCUAUUUUAAACCUUAAAUUAUGAAAUUCACUUUGUAUUCUUUAUAAGCCAUACUUUAAUGAAAAACCCUGUGUGGCUGGAGAUUAUGGGUUAAAUGUGCCUUUGAUGAUCGUUGUCUUUGUUUUUGGUCUUUCAGUGGGACAGUAUUCAGGAGCUCCUAGGACACCCUAUGGAGAAGCCUGUAGUUCUUCACAGGUAAACUUACACGUGCAGCUUUGGAAUCAGAUUUACCAGCUAUAGUCUUUAUUAAAUCUGUGUGUAACGUAUGUUAAUCAUUAUAUAUCAAACUACACUCUUUUUAUAAGGUGCAGAAGAAUUAAUCUGCAAAACGUCACUUGUAUUAUAUUAUAACAGCAAUAUAAGGUGUCAAAGAUAGGGGGAAACCAGUAUCUGCUUUAUUUAUAUCUGUAAUGUUACUGGUCUAUUGACGUUGACCAUUCGAUAAUGACGUUAAAUUUCCCUUUCAGGUCAUCUUCACCCAACAACACAAAUCCAUUUGGAUCAACAUUCUGCUUUGGCCUCCAGAGGAUGAUCUUUGAGGUUAGAAGAGUUAAUUAGUUGUCUCUGUAAGAAAAAUUCGCCCCUGGGGUGGGCAUAAAUAUUAUCUAAGGAUGGUCUUUUCCAGUGAAUAUUGAGUACUUAUCUCCAUAGUUCAGUGAACAUGUACUUGUACUACACGGAACUGGUAUGUCAGAGUACCUGUACCAAAAAGAGAACACCGUCUGUUCAAGAACUUAUACUAUGCAGACUCAUACCAUAGGGGUAUCUAUUAGAGUAUCACAAUUUAUACACACACAGCACUGUCUGUCAGGACUAUUUAUAGCACAAAGGAAACUGUCAGAGACUAGUACUUGUACCAAACAGGAAACGCUGUCACAGUAUUUACUCCAUACAUCAGGUAAUAAGCAAAUUAUAAUGAAGGUUACCUGUUGCAUAGCUGACAGUAGGGCUCGUUUGUUCACACUCCAGUUAUACUGCAAUAACUUGGAUAUAUACUAUCACAGGAUUAUCUGUGAAUUUACUGGUUUCACAUUAAUGAAGUUCACUUUUCAUGCUUGCACCACAGAGAACGAACAGGGAGUACCUGAGUGUGUUUCUUGUCCUAUGCAUUCCAUCUGGUCUUCAGCAUAUUUUAAUUUACAAAGUCUGUGUUCCAGGUGAUGCAGAAUAACCACAUAGCAUCUGUUACUCUCUACGGAGCUCCCAGACCCAGCGUCCAGCAGAAAUCCUCCGAGACGAGCCAGUAAACCCGGAAGAAACUGGUGUGUUGGUCUAGCCCAGUGUGCCUUGACUUGUUGCCGAACAGCCGCACGAAGCAGGGUUGACCUUGCCAUGCUUAGUGCGACCUUGGCAGACCUGGGAGGCGCUGCACAGACUGUGGGUAUCUCCUGCCUCCCCCUCACUACUUCCCGUUCCUACCAGGCACCUUUUUUGCGGUCAGUGUGUCUUCUACGUCCCUGUGACCUUAUAGAUGAAAGAUCAAGGGCCGACAGAGAACUCUCUACUGCGUCUAAAAGCACAAACAUGAUAAAGCCGUGUGCAGGACCUGGAAGUGAGGAAUCUUCGUGUUAGUGUUACUAAAAUCAUGUGAUAGUCACAUUUGUAAAUAUUAAUAUACAUGUGUAUGUAAACACAUUGAUAUUUCUGUGGUCAAAAGCAGUUUAAAGUGUGACUGGUGUGUACAUAUGCGCGUAUGUAUCUUGUAAUAUAUACAUAUGUAUGUAUAUAUAAUCUCAUUCAGGUACCACAUCAUGUGACUUCAAGAAGCCGAAUACAUGCAAAACAGCCUCAGAAUCUUUGUGUAUUUGUUCACAAAGUGAGAUCUAAAGUGAUCGGGGUAUUUUUCUUGUUGUAUAGACUGCAGCACCUUUUGGUCUUCUGGGUUGAGUCCAGCAGCAUUCUUUAAAUUAUGUCUCGUGCCGCUGUGCUUUCAAAGGGGGAUUACAGCUGUCCCAAAGAACAAGGAGGAACAGGUGUCUAACAUCUUGAUGACCCCUAGCACAAGUUUGUGGUGGACCUCUAUCCUUCAUAUUUCAGGACAUCAUUAACUGUGACUUCUAACCCGUUUGUUGACAAGAUCUUCUGUUCACUUUUUUCCCGUGUUACACACAUGUUUAGCAUGAUGAUAAGGGUGUAACUUGGGCUUAUACUCCUCACCUGUGCGUUUAUCCUCCAGGCAUUGUGCUGCUUCUAACAAGCGGUCAGUUCUUUGUAGGCUCCCUCCGUGAUGAGAAUAAACCCCGAACCAGAAUGCGAUCAGAAAUUUAGUUUAUACCAUUUGCACUACAUACACUUUACUUGAUCAGUCAUCGUGUUCACUGAACCGCAUCUGAAAACGAACAUGGAGACCUUUUAUAAGCUGCGUGAAAUGCUUAUUUAUAUGGCGAGUAAGUAAUCGCUGUAUUUCUAACAAUUACUUGAUGUGCUGUUUAUAAUUUUUUUUUUUUUUUUUUAUUAAUCUUAUUUAAAUAAUAUAUUUUCCGCUGUUACUUUUAUUUUAAUUUUUCUUCCUCUCUUCAUUGGACACUCGUAUGAUGAUAAGUUUCCAAAUGUUUUUGGUUUGUUUUUCUCCAAGGAGAUAAUUAUGUCUUAAAAUAGAUGGGCCAAUUUUUUUUAAUUUUUUUUUAUCUUCUUUUAUCAACUUUUAAUAGGAUGUGAACCCUGUACAAAUUUGCAUAGCAAAGAAUUAAUUUUUUUUUCGAACACCUCUUAAAUUUACAAUAAUGCUUUCAAUUAAGUGGCAGAUUUAAAGAAUUUAAAAAAUACAAAUACAUUAAUUUUUUUUUUUCUAUCUGAAACCCGUAGAAUAUGUCCAGUAUAUUGUAUUAAUAAAAGUCACUUCUAUUGACUGAUGAAACAGGCAUUUUGUCACAGAGGAAUGGUUGUUUUUUUUUUUUAUUUGUCUUCAUUUAUAAAUUUUUGUUACCACAUCUGUAAUUUAAAUUCUUCCUGUAUUUUGAUUGGCAAAAAACAAAUCCACAAAAAAGCAGAUCUAAUUUUAAAGGGUUUUUCCCCCUCCUGCCUCACCAUGUGAAUCUUCUUUCGCUUUCUCUAAAUUUUAAAUCAUCCCACAGUAGGUACAUAUUUCACUUUUGUGAGAGUGCCAUUUUAUUUAAAAGGAAAAUUGUUAUAAUUUAUUAUCAUUGAAAAUAAAAAGAUUACUUAUAUGUAUGCGUUACAAUAAUAUACACUGAUGACAUAUUGUUCGUAAACACUUCUACAGAGCAUUUCCAAACUUACCCUUUCUCAGCGCGGGCAACCAUUUUUAAGUGGUUGCCCGCACCUCAUAUCGGCCAAGUCCAUGCUCGAAUAGUCGAAUUUAGCUCAUAAAGUUUUAUUUUUGAGAAUCCCAGCACUUGUACAUGACCUAAGGAAUUGUGAACAUGCAACAAGUCUUCUUGACUACGUGCUUGGCCUUUAUUUGAAUAUGUAUGCAUCAAAGAGGAUUUAAAAAUGUCCCACAUAGUACGGCAAAAUUGGAAAAUGCACUGAAAUAUGGUAUUUACUUGUAUGUAUAUGUUGUAAAAUAUACACAGAAGCUGUAAAACAUAUUAACUUGUAUAAACAAAUUGACGACUCUUCUUUGAAGUCAUCAUUACCAUGCCUUUUAUUUCAAAUAUUUAGUAUUGCAUUGGCCAUGUUAAUAGGAAACCUGAAACACUGUCAUUAUCUGCAAAGUAUUAUCUUAUUUUGGACACAAAGCAAAAUAACUCUGAAAAGUCUAUGUCCAACCCUGUAUAAACAGAAUUACUGUACAUCUAUUUCCUGUUUGGUAUCAUUCAUGCUAGGAGCUUACAUAACCAUGAUGAUGCCUGCUUGAACUGUGUUAAAAUAUCUAGCUCAUAUUACUGAGAAAUCAUCUGGCAACUUGCUCUAUGCCUGGCAAAUGGACCAUGUUGGAAAAGUUUUUUUUAUUUAUUUUUUUUAUUUUUAUUUUUUUUAGUGGUUACACAAUAAACAUGUAUUCAGACACAGGCACAAACUGCCUAUAAAAGUUAAAUGCUCAUGAAUAAUUCACUGCCGUCAUUUGAUGUAUAAUUGAUUCUACGAAUUAAAACCAAUUGACUGUGGAAAGUUCUGUAGCACAAGUUUGCUGUUAAAACUAACUUUAUUUACUUAUACAAUUUCCAUCGUUGAACAGCCCAUUGCGUUUUGCCUUCGUAGACCUUUAUUUUUGGCUGGAUCUUUAAAGUUGGCUUUAACGGGACAUCUUUGCUUAAAGCUGUUUACAAUAGUCAAAACGAGAGCCAAGAAUAUUAAAGGGACUCCCUAAACCAUAACCACUACUAGGCUGUAGUUGUUAUGGUACUUAAAAACUAAGUGGGUUACAUCACCAUGAUUUGUAUCUAAUGGUUUUCAAGCUAUUCGAUAAAACACCACCUACAAGCUUUACCUCGCUACUGUAACUCAAAUAAUUUAGACCCUUAUCCAGCAUUUAACUAACUUAACACUGUUUAUCAUUGACACCAAAAGCGGGUGAGCUAAUGCGGAUGUUCGUAUCUGCAUCAGCAGAGUCACAGCAGUGGGGGCCAUUCUGCAACUUCCCAGCAUGAGACCUAGGUUUUUCAGGACACUUAAAAAUGAUUUGACAUAAGCCGAUGAGCAACAGUUAUGAUACCUAGAGUGCUACUAUUAAGGGACAUUCCCGGCAGCUGUGAAACUGAAAUCCAUAUCAUCAGUUUUGAUCUCAUAUAAUAUGCUGUAUUUGCUUAAAUCUUCAUAGUUUUAUAUUUUGCACAAAAAUAUAAAUAUUUUACAGAAUGCAGUCCAAUUAGCUUGCAUUAGAAGGAGAGGACACCCAGGGACACGUAUAGAUAAGGUUAUCACUGCCUGUUUGUAGUUUCUCUGACUGUCUGCAGCCAGGUUGUUAAUUAAAACCAGCUCACACAGUGAUGUUGGAUUUGCCCCCAAACAAUACAGCAUAUUAAUGAGGCCAAAAUCUAUAAAAUAUGCAAGUUUUAUUGGUGCAUAGAGUGUCCCUCUAAACUGAAGCAUAGAUUUAUUUUAUUUUUUUCCUGUGUAAUAUGUUUCUUUUUAAACAUAUUUUGCUAAUGUCUUACAUAAAGGCAUUAUGUCCCCUAUAAUUACAAAUCUAUCCAGCUGAUGUACAGAUCCUGUUUCACUUUUGCUCUCAUAACAGUGCAAAAAUGAUGUAUUUUUAUUGAUUUAAUUCUUUAAAACUGUUAAAACAGAGGGCCUCUCUCUGUUGGCAAACUGCACUUUUUACCCUUUGCCAAAACAUAAAAUCAUCAGGUGGCUUGCAAAGGUUCAUGGGAGACUCAGCUCACCAACUGGUAGAGGUCCAGUAUUUGAAAUACCUAUACCUUAGGAUAUAUUAGUACAUUGUUGCUGAAGAGAGGCCAAAUGCACUAGUUAAUAGGGGGAGUGGUGACUCCAUGCUUUUUACACAAUAGCCAAAGAUGUCUGCCAGACAGUUACCAAGGGAUGUAUGAUCUGUAAUUUAUUUCUCUACAUCUUCCAAUUGGUCCGGAUCCUGCAUGUACUGGUUUUCUAAGAGGUAGUGCCAAGUUUGUUACAGUUAUAUUUUUCCAUGUUUUAUAAAGGGAAAGACAUUUUUGGGGGUACUAACAGCAGUAAUGUAAUACACACAUGCAGACAAUUUACCGUUGAGCAAUGUGUUGCGAUUUCUUACUGCCAUGGAUGCCUAUAGACACAACAUUCUCCUUAGGUUACUGGGAUUCUGUCCUCUUCUCCCUGCUUAUUAAUAGUUGAUGCCAGAAUGGUAGCCAACGCUAUCACUAGCACUGAGUCUCUCUGGGUCAUUUUGUGUAUAGGAGAAGGCGGCUGGUUGUGGGGGGAGAGGUUGAAAUUGUAAUGAUUAAAUUAUUAAUAGAAAUGUAUCCUCUUUGUAAUAUUUUGGUGUAAUAACGUGAUACAUGGACAAAGUUUGUGUGUUUUUACAGCAUAGUGUACAGAUUUUUUUCUUUUGUAAAUAUUGUUUUUGGGUUUUUGUUUGUAUGUAGUAAAAUGUGUGCAGGUGAUGUCCGCAUGCAGGGAGAGAACCUGAACGUUAGAAGAUGCCUCCCCGCCCCCCCCAAAGCUUGCUGCCAUGUAAAUGUGAACUAGAAAGGCAUGUUCUCUCAAAAUGUAGUCUUCCUUUCAGGUGUUUAAUUACCCACGUUCCCACCAGAGUGCUCAAUCAACAUUUUGUUCUGUUCAGCUAUUUACCCUUUUGACUACCAUAGAGUUAAUAUUAAAAAAGGAAAUCCACCGUCCCUGCUGCAGAUUGUUGCCCAGACACUUUCCAUUUGAGGAAACCCUCAUAGCUGCUUUUUAUUUGUGUUUACAAUGCCCAAUCCUGCUAGUAUUGCGUCCUUAAACGUGGUGACAUCCCCAGCCCUGUAUGACAGGAAGUGAACAGACUUGAGGCAUGUGGGAGACCAUGGUUUGGUCCAAGAGUACAGAAUAAUUGUGCCGUUUUAAGUAUAGAGAAUAAUGUGGAAGUAUCUAAACUUAGAGAGAUUCUACAUGGGGGUCUUAUUAGGUAAACUCUCGGAGAAAAAAAUGCUGUUUUCAAAAAAUAAAUAUAUUUGUGAUCAUGUUUUUGUUUUGUUUUAUUUUAGUUUUUUACAAUAAUUCUUAUGAAAUCUGUUGCUCCGAAACAGCAUGUAUACCCACAACCCAAUAAAGGGAGACCAUUUGGUCACAACUUGUUUGCCUGUUUUUUGUUCUUUUAUGUUUUUGUUUUGUGUUUGCGUAUAUUGCUUUGUGUCUGAAUAAUUUUUUUCUAUGAAUACAUGCUGCAUCUUAGCAGUUUUUUUCCAUAAUAAGUGCAAUAAGAAAGUGCUGUGUGUGUGUGCGACCUUUGUACAUCAUUACUCUUUCUCCCCUUCUUUGUUGACACUUUAGGACACCCCUUCAGAAGUAAAAGGCCAGCAUGACAGAAAAUUUCCAUUAUGUGUCCUUAAGGGAUUAAAAACAUUUUAUCUUCUAAGAAGUGUGUUGUGUUUUUUGGUUUUCACUUUUCAUGAAUGGUUGCUGUCGUCGAUCCAAUGCUGUGAGGCCAUAUACCGUAGUUGGUUUCUACAAUCUGAAGCAGGAUUGGACAUUCUGCAUCUUCCCAACCUUUAAGGGUCCAACUAUUUCACCAUGUGCUUGAAAGUUCUUAGUUCACUUGUAGCCUCGUGACUGCAUUUAUGGCCUGUUUUGUCUUUUUCUUCUUCCAGUGGAACGGUUUUUUUAUUCUCUGUUUUUGGGAACAGGGUGGCUGUUGACUGUGCAGAAGGUUCCACAUGAGCCAGAUCUCUGCUGCUUUGAGACUGUGUACAACCAUUAGGUCUUUGUAGAAGCAAGGAUCAAAUGUCUGUAAGUGAGGUGCAGCCGAGGGUCUUGUGAUUCCAAAUGUUUUAAAUCCUUCGUGUAGAACUGGUUUGAGAUUAAUACGUUGCAAGCACAUUCCCAAAAAUACAUCAUCUAUAGGAAAGAGUUCCACCUCUUUGCAGGCUUCAGCCAACUUUGUCAUGGUCACUCCCGACAUUAGAAAUCCUCCACCUCCUGCAUAGGCUGGAUAUAUCCCUAACCCGUACAUAGUCUCUGGAAUGUAGUAUUUGCUUUUCUUUGACCUUAUCGGCUUGGCAUGAUUUAUAAUAUCCCCAACAAACAAAUCUUCAGAAGCGUUUUGGUUCUGCAAGAAAUGUAUCAAGUUCUCUACAUUGACGAAUACAUCGGCAUCACCCUUGAAAAUAAAUUUAACGUCAUUGCAAAACAUUUCUGCCCAGCUCAAAAAGUGGAUCUCUUUCAAGGUCAAGUUGAAGAACGUAUCAAGAAAAUCCCACAGCAAUAUAUCUUUGUAAUAGUGACUCUCUUGUUGCAUAAGGGACUCCCACAAGGACACGGUUGUUUUAUUCUUGGGGAUCCCUAGAAGAAAUACCCUCCUGACCCGCACACCAUUGACUAAUCCUUCUUUCCCCCAGGUUUUGCGAACACUUUCACGUCGGUCAAAGUCUUCCACAAUGGAUUUUACUGCAAUGAGUAGGAAUGACUCUCCGGAAGGUUUUGUGCACUUGUUUGGUUGGUUGAUUAGCAAGCUAAAGUUACGAUGAUCUUUACUGCUGAGGUACUGUUGGAAGUCAAAUGGAGAUUGUGUCUUUACUGGUGGUACUGUGGGCUUAACAUCUUCACUGUCUACGUCUGCAUGAUGAUCCUCUGAAAGGAGUUUAACUUUACCUGUUACUUUAGAGUCAUAAUAUUUCUUGGAAGCUGCAGUCCUGGGUGGGUUCUUGAGUCUUUUAGUGUUUUUCACUGGAGCAAUGUCUUGUUUAGCAGUUGGUCUUAACAAACUAUACAGCAAAGUGCUGAGAGAGAUCACCAGAAGAAGAGUGCAAAGGACAUCUCCCUUAAUUCGAACUCUCAUUGUUAUUGGAGAAUUUCAAGGACUUCGUCUUCCUUUUUUUCAUGGAACAUGUGCUCUCCCAUCUGGAACAAAGGAAACAGCUAUGUCAGUGGAAAUGGUUAAAACUUUUAUUUACAAAUUUCAGUUCACAACCUGUUAUCAAAGCAGCUAGCGUGAUUGUCUUGUUGCUGUUAAAGUAAUUGUUAAAAUCUGUGGUAUUAGGUCAUAAGAAGGAAGUGUGACAUAUCUAUGGAGUCGAAAGAUUGCAACAAAUUCAUAGAUGCAAAAAUUAUUUCUGUGGCAAGGACAAAAGCGAAAAUGAAAUCAAAUUUUUCUAUUUGGAUUGGUGUUUGUCUGAAACACAAGGGUAAGACCACGUAUUGUUCUUAUAGGUACUCCUUCCCUUCACCUCUGGGCUGGCUUGGAAAUUUAAGAUUAAUACAGGAAGCAUAAAGCCAAUGGUGUGCAAAUGUUGAAUGCUCUUGUUAGGGGCCAAUAUCUAAUUUUGAGUAAGUAGCCAUCUUUACUUGCCGGAGCCUCACUGAACACAAAAUAGUGUUACUUUACCACUUAAGUGAGUAGUUGGGUUUUCUGUUCAUUUCUCUUUUUUUAUUUUUUUUUUUAUCUGUUUAGGUGAAAAUAAUGUGUGUG